AAAAAAAGAAAGAAAGAAAGAGAGAAGAAAAAGCUGUUUUUUGCUCUGCUUUUGUUUUGCUUUGGAUUUGGCUUUGGCUUUGCCUCUCUGAUAUCCCGGCUACAAGCCUGUUUCCUUCUUCUACUUGAUCCCAUAAAGUUUCUUUUCUGAAAGUCUUGUUCUCGUCGGAUUCUAGAACCAAAACGGUGAGCUUGAGCAAGUUUUGAACCGGUUGUUAGCAGUCCAUGCAGUUAGUUCUCUACGGUUCUGCUUCUUUAAACCGAUUCAUCGACGGAAUCUGAAUUUUUUUUUUUAGAGAAGGGAAUGCUUUUUGUGAUUGAAAUACCGAAUGAAUCAAAGCUUGUUACGAAGCCAGUGAAGAUAAAAAUAGCUCAGAGAAGAACGCAGUUUUGGCGUUUGGUGUUCUCUUCAAGUAAGGGUUUAGUUUCUUUGUGAAUUGAAUGUGAAUGGAAGCAGCGGUGUUUCCUCAACCGCGUCUGCAGUAAUUUUCCGACGAAGGGAUGCUGCAAAACUUUUUUUUUUUGAAGCGUUGUGGUUUCAUACCUAAAAGAGUGGAAGUAACUUUAUGGUGAAGAAAAGUGAUCUCUGGAGCAAACAAAGUGAUUGGAUUCCUUGAAGAAAAGCUUUUUUUUUUAUUAUUAUUUGAUUCAAAUUCGUAAGCAUGAAGGCUCCACCAACUGGGUUUUUGGCAAAUUCUGCGGAAGGAGAUAGGAAGAUUAUCAAUUCGGAAUUAUGGCAUGCUUGUGCUGGACCACUUGUUUCUUUGCCGCCAGUUGGAAGUCUGGUGGUUUACUUUCCUCAAGGCCACAGCGAGCAAGUUGCAGCAUCAAUGCAAAAGGAGACUGAUUUCAUACCAAGCUACCCUAACCUUCCUUCCAAGUUGAUUUGCAUGCUCCAUAAUGUCACAUUACACGCUGAUCCAGAAACUGAUGAGGUCUAUGCCCAGAUGACUCUUCAACCUGUAAACAAAUAUGAAAAGGAAGCAUUACUGGCAUCUGAUAUGGGCCUCAAGCAAAGCAGACAACCUGCUGAGUUCUUUUGCAAGAAUCUUACAGCUAGUGACACUAGCACUCAUGGUGGAUUUUCUGUCCCUCGUCGAGCUGCUGAGAAGAUCUUCCCUCCUCUGGAUUUUUCGAUGCAACCACCUGCUCAAGAGCUAGUAGCUAGAGAUUUACAUGACAAUUCUUGGACAUUUAGACAUAUUUAUCGAGGUCAACCAAAGAGGCAUCUUCUGACUACUGGUUGGAGUGUCUUUGUUAGCACAAAAAGACUCUUUGCUGGUGAUUCUGUUCUUUUCAUAAGAGAUGAGAAGUCGCAGCUUCUGUUGGGUAUAAAGCGUGCUAAUAGACAGCAGCCAGCUCUCUCUUCAUCAGUGAUUUCUAGUGAUAGCAUGCAUAUUGGGAUCCUUGCUGCUGCAGCUCAUGCUGCAGCAAAUAACAGCCCAUUUACUAUAUUCUAUAAUCCAAGGGCAAGCCCUUCUGAGUUUGUGAUACCCUUAGCGAAGUAUACCAAAGCUAUAUAUACCCAAGUUUCUCUUGGCAUGCGGUUUAGAAUGAUGUUUGAGACUGAGGAGUCUGGAAUACGCAGAUACAUGGGUACAAUUACCGGUAUCAGUGAUCUGGAUCCUGUGCGAUGGAAAAAUUCACAAUGGCGCAGUCUUCAGGUUGGAUGGGAUGAAUCUACAGCCGGUGAACGGCCUAGCCGAGUUUCAGUUUGGGAAAUUGAGCCUGUUGUAACUCCUUUCUACAUAUGUCCACCUCCAUUUUUCAGGCCCAGGUUUCCCAAGCAACCAGGGAUGCCAGAUGAUGAGUCUGAUAUUGAGAAUGCUUUCAAGAGAGCUAUGCCUUGGCUUGGAGAUGACUUUGGUAUGAAAGAUGCCCCUAGUUCAAUCUUCCCUGGUUUGAGUUUAGUUCAGUGGAUGAGUAUGCAACAAAAUAAUCAGUUUCCAGCUGCUCAGUCAGGAUUCUUUCCAUCAGUGGUUUCUUCGAAUCCACUGCAUAAUAACCUUAGCACUGAUGAUCCUUCCAAAUUAUUGAAUUUUCAAUCUCCUUCAUUACCUUCAUCAAAUAUGCAAUUUAACAAAGCAAAUGCAAACCAAGUCAACCAGUUGCCUCAGGCACCUAUGACAUGGCCUCAGCAGCAACAACUUCAGCAGUUAUUGCAGACUCCUCUAAAUCAACAUCAGCAGCAGCAGCAGCAAUCCCAACAGCAAUUGCAGCGACAACAGCCGCAACAACCUCAGCCGCAUCUUCUUCAUCAACAGCAGCCUCAGCCACAGCCACCUACACAGCAUCAGCAGCAGCAGCAGCAACAGCAACAACAAGAACAACUGAGACAACAGCCACAACCGCAGCAGCAGCAGCAACAGCAACAACAAGAACAACUGAGACAACAGCCACAACCACAGCAGCAGCUGCAACAACAAGCAUUCCUACCGGCUCAAGUAAAUAAUGGCAUCAUUGCUCCUAACCAGAUCCCAAAUCAAAAUUUGCAUCAGCCAGCUGUUUACUCUCAGUUUCUGGCAAGCAAUAGCCAGUCAACCCAAACUAUCUUCUCUGCUAAUAAGACUUCAUAUCCUUUGACGUCAUUACCACAAGAUACACAGAUUCAGCAACAGAUGGAACAGCAAACUAAUCUCAUACAGAGGCAGCAGCAACAGACACAGUUGCAGCAAUCACCACUGCAAUUGUUGCAGCAAAACCUGUCCCAGAGGACGCAGCAGCAGCAGCAGCAGCAGCAAAUCCAGCAACUGUCACAGCAGGGCCUCUCAGAGCAACAGCUUCAAUUACAACUGUUACAGAAAUUGCAGCAACAGCAACAGCAGCAGCAGCAGCAGCAGUCGUCUCAACAAUUACUCUCCCCAGCUGCAUCACUGUUGAAGCCUCCGAUGGUGCAGCAACAACCAACUCUUCAACAAAACCAACCAUUGCAGCAGUUGCCUCUUUCUCAGAGCCAGCCACAACCACUUGGCAGCAAUGGCUUCUCAACAUCAAUGCUCAUGCAACCUCAACAGAUUUCGUUGAACCAACCCCAAAGUCAGAACAAACCACUUAUGGCAAUGAGAACCCAUUCUAGCCUUACUGAUGGAGAUGCUCCAUCAUGUUCAACCUCACCUUCUACCAAUAAUUGUCAGGUUUCCCCCUCAAACUUUCUAAACAGAAGUCAGCAAGUACCAUCCAUAUUGGUGACAGAUUCGGUUGUUGAGCCUGCAAGUACACUGGUUCAAGAGCUUCAGAGCAAGCCUGAUAUCCGAAUCAAACAUGAGCUGCCCACCUCUAAAGGAAUAGACCAAUCAAAGUACAAAAGUACUGUGACAGAUCAAUUAGAAGCAUCAUCUUCUGGAACAUCCUACUGCCUGGAUGCAGGCACCAUCCAGCAUAAUUUCUCCCUCCCCACCUUUCUGGAAGGUGAUGUCCAAUCCAGUGCUCGGAACAAUCUUCCGUUUACGACUAAUAUUAAUGGAUUGGCACCUGACACUUUGUUAUCAAGGGGAUAUGACUCUCAAAAGGAUCUUCAAAACCUUCUUUCUAAUUAUGUUGGCAAUCCAAGAGAUAUUGACACUGAGUUGUCUACUGCUGCAAUAAGCUCUCAGUCAUUUGGUGUGCCAAACAUGCCUUUCAAGACUGGGUGCUCAAAUGAUGUUGCCAUCACUGAGACAGGAGUUUUAAAUGGCGGAUUGUGGGCCAACCAAACUCAACGCAUGCGGACAUAUACAAAGGUGCAAAAGCGUGGCUCUGUAGGAAGAUCAAUUGAUGUGAACCGCUACAAAGGGUAUGACGAACUCAGGCAUGAUCUAGCCCGCAUGUUUGGUAUUGAGGGGCAGCUGGAAGAUCCACAAAGUUCUGACUGGAAAUUAGUUUAUGUGGAUCAUGAAAAUGACAUAUUACUUGUUGGUGAUGAUCCUUGGGACGAAUUUGUAAGUUGUGUUCAGAGCAUAAAGAUACUGUCAUCUGCUGAAGUGCAGCAGAUGAGCUUGGAUGGUGAUCUUGGAAAUGUGGCAGUUCCCAAUCAAGCUUGCAGUGGGACUGACAGCGGAAAUGCAUGGAGAGGACAUUAUGAUGAUACCUCAGCUGCCUCAUUUAACAGAUGAAAGUCUCAAAAUUCAGACACAAAAAAAAAUUGAUAUAUCUUUUGCCAUUGGACUUGUCCUUGGCUAGUUGAUAAAUCUGGUGUAUGCAUGUUCACUCAGGAGGAUACAAUUUAAAUCAAGUCCUUCCAAGAGAAGUGAUUACCCUGGGUAAUUGAGCCUCUAGAAAGUGUGCUGAUUCGUUGGUGUUAAAUUUUAAAGUCAAUGCCAUUAAGUUGGCAGAAGGAUCAUGUUUUAACUUAAGCAUCCACUUUUUGACUUUGUUCUUUGUUGGUAGUUCUAUGGUGAGGUAAGGUGCAGAAGGGAGCAAGAGGCAAGGGACCGUUGAUGUAUAAUAUUUAGAGAGUUGAUCUGACAUUCUCUCCUGUAAAUGCUGUGAUGUAGAUCACAUUAUCCGCAAGAUGUGUAGUUUGGUCGAAGCUAUUACUUGGCAGAUACAAUUAGCAAUCAAUUCUUGUUCAUGUUGCCAACCGAUGCUUCCUUCCACUCCUUUUUUUAUUUUAUAAGAAAAUGUUCCCCUUAUGGGAGUGGCUUUUAUCUUAUCAGAAAAUGCCACCCUUAUGUGGAUUAAAAGGAUGUUAUGCAACAUAAUUCAACAGAUCCCGAGGCUGAUGCUACAGUGUCAUCAUAACGUCAGUGCCGGAGGACAAAGCUAUAUCUAUCAUCGACCUAUAAAAAUAUGAACUGGUUAUAUCUAUGCUGGCUUUGUAUGAAUAAUGAAACUCAGGUGUCGGUGCCAAGCAGAAGCCAGUAAAGGUUCCUAUCCUUCAGCCCAACAACUUGUCACCAUCCUUCACUAGUUUAUUUUGAGAAACACCUCAGCCGGCAUCUUAUCACAGAAUUUUCAUAAGAGCCUAAAAUAUACUG